AUGACAAUCAUGAAACAACAACGUCAGAUUGGUCAAAACUACAAAAAUGAUAUUCACAAAGUUGUUUCUUCAACUUCAAAAACUACACAAAAAAAACAGUCAGAUAUUGAUGGAAUUGAUGAUUUUGAAGAUAAAAACAUUGCAUCUACAACGUUGCAAACAACACAAAAACAAAAUUCAAAUGUUGUUUCCAAAACAACAACUGUAACAUCAAAAAUAACACAUGAUGAAGUUGAUGAAAAAGAUCGAUCGAAAUUAUUUAUCAAUAAAAAAAUUGAAAAAUAUUUAGAUGAAACCGACAAUAUUUUCCCCACUACCUUAAAAACAACACCGAAACAACGUAGUGAUGAACUCGAAGAAUUUAAAGAACCAACAAAAAAAUCCAUAAAUGAAACCAUAGAACGUGUUGGUUUCGACGGAUCUCAAAAAUAUGUUAUAAAAUUAAAAUCCGAAACUCUCACUACAACUUCAGUGCCAAAAAAUGACGACUCAAAAGACAUUGACGGCUCAAAAAUUUUUUUAAGUAAGAAUAUUCGAAAAGAGGACGAUUUAGACGAAUCCAGUACUUUCGAUCUGGAUUAUAUUAGCGACGAAUCAGUGAACAGAUCAUACGACAAUCAAAUAUAUGAAAUGACUACAACAGGUCGUGUGGGCUUUGGUGGAGCACCGAAAUAUAACCCUAAAAAUAUUUUAUACCAAGCGAAGAAUUUUUCGCAUAACGAGACCGAAAAAGUUGGUUUUUUUGGAUCACAGAAAAUUUUAAUGCCUACGAAAUAUGAACAUCACGUGAACACGACCUCAAAUGAAACACCACAUGGAUUUGAAGGAUCACAAAAAAUUAAAUCCAAUGACUUUGAUACAAAUAAUGGUGUCACUAAUCAUUUAGCUCCAUUUUAUACUCCUCGAUCUAUUUCAGGGAAAUAUUUAACAAGUAAUCAAAAUUUUGAGGAAACGUUUGGUAGCGAAGAAAAUACAAACUUUAGUACGUUGACGACAGAAAAAUCAAAACCGUUACCAAAAAGUCCAUCUAUAAUAUCACGAAAACAAUACGGGAGACGUCGUCCUUCUUUCAAUAGUAAUAAUUUUCAAACAAAAGUUGUUGGACAUGCAGAACAAGAAGAACAUAUUGUGUCAUUGUUAGGUUUAUUUGAAUUAAGUACACGAUCUGGUGAUCGCCCGGAGGGAAAAAGUGAAUUAGCUGCUGCAAAAUUGGCUGUCAAACAUAUAAAUAAACUUAAUUUGUUACCAGGAUAUACACUCGAAUUACUCACAAACGAUACAAAGUGUGAUCCAGGUGUUGGCGUAGAUAGAUUUUUUCAUGCUCUAUACACACAACGAGAUACACGUAUGGUAAUGCUAUUAGGUUCAGCAUGUUCUGAAGUAACAGAAAGCUUAGCAAAAGUUGUACCAUAUUGGAAUAUUGUGCAAAUAUCGUUUGGAUCAACGUCACCUGUACUAAGUGAUCGCAGUGAAUUCCCAUUAUUUUAUCGUACCGUUGCACCAGAUUCAUCACAUAAUCCAGCACGUAUUGCAUUUGUACGUAAAUUUGGUUGGGAUACUGUCACAGCAUUAAGUCAAAAUGAAGAUAUUUAUUCAUUGGCAAUAAAUGAUUUAGUUACAGAAUUAGAAAGAUCAAAUAUUACAUGCACGGCAACAAUUACAUUUGCUGUUACUGAUUUUAAGGAUCAAAUGAAAAUGUUGAGGGAUUUGGAUACACGAAUAAUAAUUGGAAGUUUUUCAUAUAAAAUUGCACCCAAAAUAUUUUGUGAGGCAUACAAAUUAGGAAUGUAUGGAGCUGAUUACGCUUGGAUAUUGCAAGGUGGUCCAAGUGACGCUUGGUGGACAAAUACUUCAUCCUUAAUUGACACAACUGAUUGUACCCCCCAAGAGCUAGCAGAAGCAACCGAAGGAUUAAUACUUGUGUCGAGUCAUAAUAGUAUAGUAGGAACAGAUCCAUCGCUAUCUGGACUGACAAAUGAAAUGUUUGCUUCUGAAUUAGAAGCGUUAGAUGUAACAAUGUCACGAUAUGCACCUCAAACUUACGAUGCUGUAUGGGCAAUGGCUUUAGCCCUGCAAGGUGCAGAGCAACAUUGGCAACAAUCAGAGGGCACUUCAGUCGCCCAUUUCGAUUAUACAAGAAAAGACAUGGCGGACGAAUUCUUAGAACAGUUGGCAUCAUUAAAUUUUUCUGGAAUUUCGGGUCCAGUGUCAUUUAGUGGAUCUGAUCGAGUAGGAACAUCAGCAUUUCAUCAAGUUCAAGGUGGUGAAAUUAACACAGUGGCGUUAUUUUAUCCAGCAUCAAAGGAAUUAGAUUUCGAUUGUGUUCGUUGUGUUGAGUUACAAUGGGCUGGUGGACAAGUGCCAAUAGCAAAACGAGUAUUUAAAUUACGUGUGGUAACCAUUGCACCAGCUGCUUUUUUAGCAAUUUCUUCAUUGGCUAUCAUUGGUAUUACAUUAGCUAUUGGAUUUUUAAUGUUUAAUUUACACUUUCGUCGAUUGAAAUCUAUAAAAUUAUCCAGUCCUCGAUUAAAUAAUAUGGCAGCUGUGGGAUGUAUUUUAGUGUAUACAGCUGUAAUCCUAUUAGGAUUAGAUCAUGCAACAUUACAAGACAAUGAUCAUUUUUCUACUGUUUGUACGGCUCGUGUCUAUUUAUUAUCCGCUGGCUUCUCUCUUGCAUUUGGUUCCAUGUUUACAAAAACGUAUCGUGUACAUCAUAUAUUUACACACAGUAUAAGUCGUCGAAAUGCUGGAAUUGUAAAAAAUAAAUUAUUACAAGACACACAAUUAAUUUUAAUGAUAUGUGUGCUGUUGUUAAUGGAUUGUUUUAUUGUCACAUUGUGGGUCAUUGUGGACCCAAUGCAACGGCAUCUGCGUAAUUUAACAUUGGAAAUUAGUUUAAUAGAUCGGAGUGUUGUGUACCAGCCUCAGGUUGAAGUUUGUAUAUCACAAAAUACAAAUGGAUGGCUGGGAGCAUUAUAUGCGUAUAAAGGCCUUUUAUUAAUUGUUGGCGUGUAUAUGGCAUGGGAAACACGGCACGUUAAAAUACCAGCAUUAAAUGAUAGUGAAUAUAUUGGUAUGUCUGUUUACAGUGUGGUCAUUACCAGUGGCAUUGUGGUAGUUUUAGCAAAUCUAAUGUCUGAACAAGCGACAUUAGCAUUCGUCACAAUUACAAUGUUAAUAUUAAUAUCGACUACAAGUACAUUAUGUUUAUUAUUUUUACCAAAACUACAUGCUAUAUUAGGUGAUGAAGAAAAUGCGGAUCCAGUUGUAGAAAGUAUGGGAUUAAAAAUAGAAUAUAAUACUAGACGAUUUGUAACAGAUGAUAGACGCGAACUACAAUAUCGCGUGGAAGUACAAAAUCGUGUUUAUAGACGUGAAGUAGCUGCAUUGGAUUUAGAAAUUGGACGAUUAGAGAAACUAUUACUGGAGUCUGUUUCAACAUCAACAUCUAGUUCGUCUUCAUCCACGUCUUCAUUAACUCAUUCGAAGUUUAAUAAAAAUCAUCAUCAGCCAGAAGUCAGUAUUAUUGAUGAAUUAACUCCAAAUAUUGUUGAUGGAGGUCCACCAAUACAUCCACGAACACCUAGUAUUGGAGGUGGUUUACCUCUGCUCCUUUUAUCUGUUCUACCACCAGUAAUACCCAGAGCAAGUUGGCCAUCUGCGGACCGUUAUACUAAUCGCCGAAGUGUCACAUUUAGUUCUGAACCAAAAUUGGACGAUUCCAAAACAUGUAUACAUCAUGAACCAGUAAUUGAUUUACUCAAUUUGCGAAUAAGACAUGAUCCAAGUAUGUUGGGCAUCCAUAAUGAAAAACCUUCAAUGUUGGAAAGAAUAAAAAAUUUUUUUGGAAGUAGGCCGUCGCUUCGAAAGACCUCAACAGCCUCGUAUGGCAAUGCAAAUACAGGAAUAGCGGCUGCACUUAAAGUUCAUAUGGGGUAUAUUGCUGGUUUAGUCCCCAAUAGAGCUCCUAGCAUGGCAACUUCAUCUUGUAAUACCAGUUCUUUGGUAAUUGAUCAAUUAUCAAAACGUCAUUCAACGCACGGUCAAUGCAGUAGUGGCCCAACAAUAGACAUAACAUCAUCAUCAGAUGAUCGGAAGCUUUCCUUAGCACUUUGUUUUCCAAAUAAAAAUCAAGAAAACACAAACUCAUCAGAACCACACGUGAAUUUUGACUUAAAUCCCCAACGUAAAAUGUCCACAAUUAUUCAUCAACAAUCUCAGCCAAUUUUAUCAUUUCGUGAACGUGCCAAAGGUUCGCCUCGUUUUCCACACAAAAUUGUGCCAACAUGUAGUUUAACUGCUUUAGAAGAUCGUCGAAAAAAUUCGGGAAGUGGUCAAAUCAGCGGAUCUAAUAGUCGGCGGUGUAGUCACCAACCACCAGCCAAAAAUAAUCAAAAAUUAACAAACAAUCCUGGACCACCAAGUUUAGUUGGUAAAUGGCGGUCAAUGGAAGAUGCGACAUUUUCAUUGCCACAAGGUAUGCGACGUGGAAGUGGCGCUUUAGGUGCAUCAUGCCUCCCAUUAAGUGCAGGUUUUCAACCACGUGCAUCAAGCUAUAGCCCAAAUUGUGAUGUUUGGGCUACAGCAGAAUUUGGUAUACCAUUAAGUGAAUUCAAUUCUAGUGGUAAAAAAAGAAGUGAAACAAAUAAUGAUAAACAAAAUCCAGAAAAUAAUAAUAAUUAGGUGUGCCAAAAAAAGAUACGAGUGCCAAAACAUUUAUGAGCAGUGUUUAAGAUGAUUACUUUUAUCAUCAACCCAUGAGUUUCUUAAGGACAUUUAAAUUCACAGUCAAAGAUCAA